CUCUCUUCCUUGAAUUUUGUGAAUGGCGACCUCUCUUCCUUCAUGCGCCCUAUACUUACUUCUGCUGCUUUCUCUCCAACAUCCAUCUCAAGCCUCUGAUACCCUCACCGCAAACCAGAAGCUCUCCGGGAACCAGAAGCUGAUAUCUCAGGACGGCAACUUUGCACUAGGAUUCUUUCAGCCUGCAGCUCUUGUAGGAGGAUCAAAUGACAAGUGGUACAUAGGCAUUUGGUACAACAAAAUUCCAACUCAAACUAUAGUGUGGGUGGCUAACAGAGGGAAACCAGUCUAUGAUCCAGUCUUGUCAAACCUAAUCAUCUCAGAUGAUGGAAAUCUUGCUCUUUUAGCUAACCAUUCUAAAUCUCCAAUGUGGUCUACCAAUAUUAGGAACCACAUAGCUACCAGUUCCACAAUGGCUGUGCUAAACAACUCUGGGAAUCUUGUAGUCAAACAUGAUUCCAAUAACUCAACUGUGCUGUGGCAAAGUUUCGAUGAUUUCACAGACACAUGGCUCCCAGGAAACAAGCUCAGCCGCAACAAGAAAACUGGUGUGAUAAAACGACUGGUCUCCUGGAAAGACCGUGGUGACCCAGCACUGGGACUGUUCUCCAUUCAGUUGGAUUCUAAUGGCUCACCCCAAUACAUUCUCCAAUGGAAUAACUCAAUAGUGUACUGGGAAAGUGGCAAUUGGAGUGGCAACGCAUACACUGGUGUGCCGGAAUUGUCACCUUCCAAUUCAUAUCCGAACUCAGGAUAUACAUUCCAGUUUGUUGACAAUGAUGUGGAGACAUACUUCACAUACACUGUUAAGAAUGAUGCACAAACAUUCACUAGGGGUAUUGUCGAUGUGUCAGGUUUGUUCCAAACUCUUGUAUGGACAAAUGUAACACAGGCAUGGACUCCUUUUUUCACGCAACCAAAAGCUAAGUGCAUCGUCUAUGGAGUGUGUGGGGAAAACAGCAAGUGUAGUGAGAAUGCUGCAUCAUCAUGCAGCUGCCUCAAGGGCUUCACUGAAAAGUACCCAGAAAAUUGGAAACUGGGUGAUCAUACAGCAGGCUGUAGGAGAAACGUCCCACUGAAAUGUGGGAACAAUGGCUCAAUGAAGACGAAGCAAGAUAGAUUCUAUGUGAUCAAUAGUGUGAAGUUGCCAGAUGAUGCACGCAGCAUAGAUGCAGCUGACGUUCGUGCCUGUGAGCUAACUUGCUUGAACAAUUGCUCAUGCAUUGCUUACUCUUACGAUGGUAGUUGUUGGGUUUGGUACAAUCAUUUGAUGAAUCUGCAAGAUAAUAUUGGUGGGUCGAUGUAUAGUAUCUCUAUUAGAUUAGGUGCAUCAGAACUACCCAACUCGGGAACUAAGAAAUGGCGGACCACUGCGAUCAUCAUUAGUGGGCUUAUUGUUCUAAGUUUUGGAGUGACCAUAUUAUAUUUUUCUCAUAAAAGACGAAGACCCAUAAGUGGUAUAAAUCAUGGUGAUGGGUCUUUGAUCAGUUUCAAAUACAGGGAUUUGCAAUUCAUCACAAGAAACUUCUCAGAGAGAUUGGGUGCAGGGUCUUUCGGAUCUGUGUUCAAAGGGGUUCUACCAAAUGCAACUAUAGUAGCGGUAAAAAAGCUAGAGGGCUUUCAUCAGGGGGACAAGCAAUUCAGGGCAGAGGUGAGCACCAUAGGAAAUAUUCAUCACAUGAACUUAAUUCGACUGCUUGGAUUUUGUUCUAAAGGACCAAUGAGAUUGCUUGUCUAUGAGUAUAUGCCCAGUGGUUCACUUGAUAAACACUUGUUUGGUAGUAGCUCUACCACUUUGAGUUGGAAAAUAAGAUAUCAAAUUGCUGCAGGGAUUGCCAAGGGUUUGGCUUAUCUGCAUGAGGAAUGUCGGGAUUGCAUCAUACACUGUGAUAUCAAGCCAGAAAAUAUAUUGUUGGAUGAUUCAUUUGUUCCAAAAGUGGCAGACUUUGGGUUGGCAAAAUUACUAGGUCGGAAUUUUAGCAGAGUUUUGACGUCUAUGAGAGGCACAGUAGGAUAUCUUGCACCAGAAUGGAUAAGUGGUGAAGCCAUCACGACAAAGGCAGAUGUCUUCAGCUACGGAAUGAUGCUUUUUGAGAUCAUAUCAGGAAAGAGGAAUCUGGAGCACACGGAGACAAGCAUGGGAACAUUUUUUCCUGUGUUGGUUGCGAAGAAGCUUCUUGAAGGACAAGUACAGACAUUGUUUGGUUCUGAGAUUUUCAAUGCUGUGGGCGUAGAGCUAGAAAGGGCAUGCAAGGUUGCUUGCUGGUGUGUUCAAGACAGUGAAAGUUCCAGACCAACAAUGGGGGAAGUUGUCAAAAUUCUGGAAGGUUUGUUAGAUGUUGAAAUGCCACCGGUCCCAAGGUAUCUUGAAGUUCUUGCUGAAGGUUCAAAGAAUGUGAAAUUCUUUUCCGAUGAACCAGCUAAGUGAAUAGGUCACAAAAAGUAUCUCUUCUAUAAACAUAUUAAUAUGUUCCAUAGUGUAAGUAACUAUGAUGGCUCAGGUGUAAAGCCCCUUACGAUGAGUUGGGAAAUAAAAUAAAAUCAAAGGUUGGCACA